AUGGUGCAUAGUAGCGUGUUCUCCUCAUCUGGUGUCCAUGGAAGAUCAGCAUCGAGAUAUCUUAAUAACAUCCCGGCACUAUGCUGAAUGGAUACUUUUUUUUUGGGCCUCUUUCUGUGUUUAUUUGUACAUUGUGUGGUUGCUAAAUAAAUAAAUUACUAUUAUAAAUAAAAUAUUACAAAAAAUGUACAUAUUGUAGUUCAAAUUCAAAAAUUGUAAUGUUAUUAAGCGUCAAUUUCUCAUAUAACACGAUUUUAUAUCUUAGAUGACGUCUUAGUAUGAGGGCAUUUUGUGUUCUAUUACAGGCUUACAGCUAGGGUUGCUUGAUGGGUAGAGUAAAAUACCGGGACAAAAUUUCAUAAAAUCGGGAUUAUUCGGGACCAAAAUCAAUACAUUCAUCCUUCGCUUCGAAAAAAUAUUGAUGAAUAACAAACAAAGAUAAUGUAAUUAUUUCUAGGGUGUUUCAGCCGUUAUCGAGCGAUAAUAAUUAAUUUAAUGAUUUUAUCAAUUAAUUAACAUUUGACGAGACAUUUCCUUCUUCUUCGGAACUUUGAACAUCCUCCGAAAAGUCGGGACAAUCCAGACCAAUCCCGACCAUCUUUACAACCCUACUUGCAGCGCUUCCUGCGCAGAGUAAUAUUUAAUCUGAUAUGUUUGUACAGGUCUGGUAUUGCCCGGCGUGAAGUUGACCAAAGACAUGUUCAAGACGGACCAGUCCAAGUCGCUGAGUGACAUCCUCCUGGCGACGUCCAAAUACAUGAUGCCGCCGCACACGCUCACCGUGGCCGUCAGCCAGGCCGCCCUCACCGCGCGCCUCAACGCGCUCUGCAGCCUCAACCGGGACAAGUGCCCCGGCCUGAUGGUAGCCGAACACGCGUUUGAUCCCGACAAGUGUUGCGGUAACUAUGCUUUAAUGCUGACGCCGAACACAAAGAUAUUAUGCAUCGUAAUCGGCCUUUUUACGUUCCCACUGCAGAGGCUCGGACCUUCCUUGUGGAUGAUUAAGGAGGAUGGGCCUUGACUUUCCACGCUGGCCCAGUACGCAUUGGAGGGUAUUUACGACUGCAGAUGCAGCCGGGAUCAACGGCUUAACGUGCCUUCCGAAGUACGGAGGUGUUCGAGAUAAAAAAAUUUUUGGCUACCCAUCCUAUGACCGGCCAUUGGAAAAUUUGCUUAACAAUCGCAUCUCUGACCGCGCGCUAGCCACUGGGCCAUCGAGCUGCUCUUGCUUUAUGUCACAAUCGCUGGUCGAAGUCUGUAUUUCGAAAACGAUCAUCUUGUCAUACUGUUUUUAUAUUUUUUCUCCAGAUUUUAAACCUAAAUGCAUUAAUUAUAGAGUUAAAAAUCAAUUCUAAAAAUUUGAUAUAUUUUGGUAACCUGAUGUGCUGAUGUGUGUAUAAAAAACAGAGCUGCAAUAUGGCGUAAUGUUUUUGGUUUUAAAUAG